UUCCCCUCCAACAUGUCCGCAGUUAUUAGACGAAAGUUGCGCAUCGGUUCGUCAGUGUAAGAAGAGAAUCGAUGUUGCGUGGUUUUAUUCUUCGUGAAAGUGUUGUGCUAUCUCUGAUCACUGUUUUCUUCUCUCACCGAUAUUUUUUCGGAACACCGUUACAAGUUAAACACUUAUGAAUGGAAAAUGCACGCGAUAAAAAAACUCGCAUUGCUACCAAGGGCGUUCCCACUUCUCGUUCGAUCUAUAACAGCUGUUGAAACGAUGAGUGGAAAUCAGGAUUAUAAAUCGGCCAAAUCGAUUUACGAUUUCACGGCUAAUUCUAUUAAAGGCGAAGAAGUUCCUUUGUCGAAAUACAAGGAUCACGUAUGCCUGAUCGUAAACGUUGCCUCGAAAUGUGGACUCACUGCGACGAACUACAAGGAACUGAAUGAACUCCAUGAUGAGUACAAUGAAUCCAAAGGUUUACGUAUCCUGGCUUUUCCAUGUAAUCAAUUUAAUGGCCAGGAACCUGGCAGCAGUGAUGACAUUUGCAGUUUUGCUGACAAACAAAAGGUAAAAUUCGAUCUAUUCGAGAAGAUCGACGUAAAUGGUGAUCAUACUCAUCCUUUAUGGAAAUAUUUGAAAAAGGAACAAGGUAGUAUCUUUGGUAAUUUCAUCAAAUGGAAUUUUACGAAGUUCAUCGUUAACAAGGAAGGACAAGUCGUCGAACGUCAUGGUCCUAACGUGAAUCCUAACAAGUUGAAGGAAAAUCUCGAGAAAUAUUUUUAAUAACCAAUAAUAACCAUGCAUUACGUUUAUCUUUACGAUGUCAUAUCGAUCAUUAAUAAUAUAUUUAUAGACCAAUAAGAUCGCUAAACGGGAUUAAUUUAUAUUAUACACACA